AUGAGUAAUAAUCCUGAAGAUCCCUUAAGAAGUCUCUCUUUAGAUUAUCUCAAUCUCCUCAUCAAUGGUCAAGCUUUCAGUGAUGUUACUUUUCAUGUUGAAGGUCAUUUAGUCCAUGCUCACCGUUGCGUCCUGGCAGCAAGGAGUCAAUUCUUCAGAAAAUUUUUCUGCGGGCCGAGCUCUCCUCAGUCCGGCCCGCAACUCGGCUCGGUUAACGGGCCGAGAGAUACUGGUUCACCAGCAUCAUCAGUAGUGAUACCGGUGAAUUCAGUAGGAUAUGAGGUGUUUUUAUUGAUGAUGCAGUUUUUAUAUAGUGGACAAGUAUCAAUUGUACCGCAAAAACAUGAGCCAAGGCCAAAUUGUGGAGAGAGAGGUUGUUGGCAUACACAUUGCACCUCAGCCGUUGAUCUUGCACUUGAUACACUCUCAGCCGCUAGAUCUUUUGGUGUUGAACAACUUGCUUUGCUCACUCAGAAGCAAUUGGCAAUCAUGGUAGAAAAAGCUUCAAUUGAGGAUGUGAUGAGAGUUCUAAUAGCAUCAAGGAAGCAAGACAUGAAUCAACUAUGGACUACGUGUUCACAUUUGGUUGCAAAAUCAGGUCUUCCACCCGAAAUGUUGGCCAAACACCUCCCCAUUGAUGUUGUAGCCAAAAUUGAAGAACUACGCCUCAAAUCCAACCUAGCACGUCGAUCCUUAAUGCCACAUCAUCAUCACCACCUCGACCUCAGCUCUUCAGCUGAGCUCGAGGACCAAAAAAUCCGUAGGAUGAGACGAGCCCUUGACUCAUCGGACGUUGAACUUGUCAAGCUUAUGGUGAUGGGAGAAGGUUUAAAUCUUGAUGAAUCAAUUGCACUACACUAUGCAGUUGAAAAUUGUAGUAGGGAAGUUGUGAAAGCUUUACUAGAGCUAGGUGCAGCGGAUGUUAAUUUCCCUGCAGGACCUGCAGGGAAAACUCCGCUGCACAUUGCUGCUGAAAUGGUGUCACCAGACAUGGUAGCUGUUCUAUUAGACCAUCAUGCUGAUCCCAAUGUACGAAUGUUAGAUGGCAUCACUCCAUUGGACAUUUUACGUACCCUAACAUCCGAUUUUCUAUUUAAAGGAACUGUACCUGGACAUGUCCACGUCGAACCUAAUAAGUUGAGACUCUGUCUUGAACUUGUUCAAUCAGCAGCUAUGGUGAUUUCAAGAGAGGAAGGGAGCGCAAACAUUGAUCUCUCUUCGACAAAUAUUUAUCCUCCAAAUAACAUGAGUGAUGAUCAUACAUCUAGCACAAGUACUAGUGGGACUAAUAACAUUGAUUCAAGAAUGGUGUAUUUAAAUCUUGGUGGUGGAGUUACUAAUACUUCUUCAACUCAUGAUCACCCUUCAUCAAUGUAUCACCAUUCAUCACAUGAGUAUUAAGAUUGUAUAUAUAAAUUGAGACCAACUAGAAAGGAAAGUCAAUCAUCUCAAUAUUAUGAUCUAUAUAUAGUUACAUGUAUACCUUUGCUCUUUAGCGUACUAUUUUGUGCGGUGUCACGGACUUAGAGUUUUACUAAUAUUUUGUGCGGCACUUGACAACUGGGUUAUGACAUUGGCCUAUGUUAGUUGCUUAGAUUCUUCGAGAAUAUUAUCACUUUCGUGUAAGAUAUUCUUUAAAGGUAUACUAUCUUUUAGGAGUUCGAUCGA